UCUUUUAGGAUUGGUGGUUUUAACCUAAGGGAUUCCUCGGACUGAAAGAAAUGAAUGAAGGAAACCAAAGAACCAUUUGGUAGGACUGGAGAUCCAUUGUAUUGGAAAUUACCAACAUCCACAAACUGCUUUGUGCACUUGAAUGACAACGAAAAUUGCGAUGCCGUUAAGGGGAAGUUGUUUUUGUUCAUUUGGAAUAUUAUAUUUCUUUCUGAACAGUUUUAUUUUUCCAACUGCUAGUUACACGCUGAAUAACUGCAGGGUCACACAGAACACACAGGCCAUCUGUCAAAAGAACAGUUUUAAAGUAUUUCCAAAGGACAUUCCAGCAAGAGUCACAAGUAUAGAACUGUCUGGAAACAACAUUUCUACACUAAAUAAAACAGAUUUGAAUAAUGUACCAAAUCUGUUGCGCUUAGACCUGACACGCAACAGGAUCUCCAAGAUUGAAUCUUCCACUUUUGUGGUUCAAAUCUCUCUGAAGGUGUUAAUUCUAAACAACAAUAGGCUUUGUAAGCUGCAGGAGGGUAUGUUUGAUGGCUUAGUCAAUCUCAUUGAACUGCGUCUGACUUCCAAUUUGAUCCAAACAAUAGCACCGGCCUCUUUCAAGUCUCUGAGCAAGCUUAAGAUUUUGGACCUAGGCCAUAACAAUCUGUGCCACUUAACAAAUGUCUAUUUACAACAUACACCACAGUUACAAAACCUGUACAUUCCAGCAAACAAAAUUUCCACUUUUCAUUCAUGGGAGCUGUCAAAUAAGUCUACAGAACUUGAUGUCCUUGAUUUGUCUCAGAAUGAGCUCAUGUACUUUAGGCUCACUGCAGGUAUCUUUCCCAAACUCAAAACGUUGCACCUUGAGGAUGGUAUAGAGGAUGGCAUCGUCUGGGAGGUGAAUGACAAAUCGUACCUUAGACGUGUGGUUAGACUAGAUAUCAGUGGGGUUCGCUCCUCAUUACAUGGACUGCAGGAAGUGCUAGAGACAUUUAACUCCUCCUCACUGAGGUAUCUGCAGUUAAACCAUAUAAAUAACAGCCUGCAGGUUCUCAUCAAUGUUUCCUGCAAAAACCCAAAGCUGAGCACUUUUGAAAUCUGAAAUAACGGCAUCAAAGUUAUUAGAUCAGACCUGCUGCCCUUGUGUACUAAUCUUAGAAUAUUGGACUUGGGGACGAAUGAGAUAACUGACAUUUCUGAGCAUUCGUUUCAAUCUCUUAGGAAGCUCAACACUUUAAUCAUGAAGUCUAACUGUCUCACAUCGGUCCCCAAUGCUGUAAGGAAAACUCAAAUCAUAAAACUGGAUCUCAGCUGCAAUAACAUUAAUGGUCUUCGCUGUGAUGAUUUUGCCAAUAUGACCCGUCUCCAAGGUCUCUAUCUAUACAAUAAUCCUCUCUCGGCCCUCAAGGAUUGUGUUUUCAAAGAUUUGGUCAAUUUACAUAUAUUAAUGUUGCAAAACAGCAGCAUUGAUCAACUAAACGGAGCCUUCAAAGAAUACACGCCAAAUCUUAAAACUCUUUCUUUGAUAAACAAUACACUCACUGUUCUAGAUCAUGGAGAAUUUAAAGCACUGAAUUCCCUCCGGACUUUGUCUUUGAAAGGGAAUAAAUUAGAAAAAUUUAAAGAUGGGACUUUUUUUGGACUGUCCAGUCUUACACAUCUUGAUCUCGAAUCAAAUGAAAUAAUUGAAAUUACAAACGGUGCUCUCGGUGACCUGAAAGCUUUAAAGAUAUUGAAUUUGGGAAGCAAUUGCAUUAAAUAUAUAUCGGUAGAGCCCAUUCUGUAUCCACCAUUUGCUGAGCUUUCACAACUAUUGACAUUGGAAGUCAAGUCAAAGCAGAACUCAUAAGCCAUCUUACAUCCGUGCACCCAAACACCUUCAACUAUACUCCUAAUUUGAAUGUAGUUGUUUUGUCUAACAAUUUUUUAAGAGACAUUCCCGACAAUUUGUUUUCCCCAAUUCAAAAACUAAAAAGUCUUUACAUUUCAAUGACAAUCCUGAGGUCUCUAGAUUUUCUGCUCCAUGCUAAGCUCACAGAGUUGGAGUUGUUGCAGGUGGGGUACAAUACCUUUUCUGUGAUUAGAGAACCAGUGAUGCUGUC